ACCAGUUUCUGGUGGCGAGAGGCUCUCACAAUCAGUGUGGAGAGUAUGCUCAGAGGCCUUUGCGCCGAUUAAGUCCGUCCUUCUCGCCUCCUCAACUCCACUCAAGCAGCAACGGUCGAUGCCCAUGGCAGCCACAGACCCUCCCGGUCGACGGGGUCCUGACAGCACCUCACAAGGAGACGACAGCUAUCAGGACGUGACAGACAAGUACCGCGAGGGUCAGAACGAAGAAGAAGAAGCUCGCAGAGUUCACGAGAUCACUGAAAGCUCCUCGGACGAGAGCGGUGACGAGGCCUCGAGUAGGACCCACAGCACGACGUCGAACGGAUCAGAGCUGGUCUCUCUAGACGCUGAGGCGACUCCUACGACCGUUGAAGAUGAGGAAGAGAAGUUGCCUGAGAUGCCACCGCCGGAGGUGGUGGAGAAGAUGCGUGCGGGCGUGUACAUGCCCGACCCGGAGGUGGUGUACAACACCAAAAACGUUGCCGACAUGCACUAUUUGUUCACGAACGACAAGCUGAAGGACGAGUCGCCCGCCAUUGUGCUACGCUCCGACCCGUUCUGCAUCCCGCGAGUCACGGAUAAUGUGCCGAACUAUCGACCCACGCUCAACCCGCUGAGCAUCUUUUUGGGAGAAGACCAACUACUGCCGGGGAACUUUCGCUCUGGGAAGCAGUUUCAAGGCAAAACGAGUGCGUUCAUGGGGACGAUGCCGCGUCAAACGGAGUUUGCAGAGAUCCCAGUGUCGGAGAAGCUUUUCCAGAACCACGAGGUGUUCAGGCCAUCACCGCCUAUUCCUCGAGCUCCAGCCACUCCCGCCUCUCUCUCCGACGCGAUGCUGCUGUCCUCGAUACAGCAUACGCUUGACGCCACGACCGCAGCGCUAGCAGCUACAGACAGCGCGUUGUCCUCGCCAUCCACUUCAGAAGCUGCUUCUGUGUCAUCGGGAUACCAGAUCCAGCCGCUUCAGCCGCUGGAAUCUGUCGCUGACACGCUGACAAACUACCUGCCUACACGCAGCGCAACUACACCGGAUGGACAAUACUUUAACGCACCGGGAGCUACCAGUCCGUAUUCUGGCCUCUUCAUCGACAGUACCGGGGCACAGUCUGCCAACCAGAACAUGCAGACGUUUUCCUCUGCUCUUGGCUCUAUCUCUCUCACCACUCCAACGAAUGGAGCCGCUGGAACUCACUCGGGGUUCAUCCCUCCGCAAGGAGACGUUGCGAGGUCCAGUGAGGGGACGCCGCGGCGUACAGGGGCGAAGAAGCCUCGUGCGAAGAACGUGUUUCGACCUUGUGCAUCACCGGGCUGUACAAAAGGUGCCCGUGGCAAGUCUGGACUAUGUCAAAAACAUGGAGGGGGCAAGCGCUGUGCCGCUCCGAACUGUCCGAAAGGUGCACAAGGCAGCAGUAGCAUGUGUCUCUUUCACGGAGGUGGCUAUCGCUGCACGGUGGAAGGGUGCAAUACAGGUGCUCGAGGUACGUCGGGCCUCUGUGCCAAACAUGGAGGCUACAAGAAGGCUAAGGUGGGGGCGCCUGCAAAGCGUAAACCCAACGCUGUACAUGUAGAUGCUGCGACCAAGAGGGUACGCACUGAUGAGCCGCAACAAGAACCGGCCACUGUCAAGACAGAAUAA